GGAAGGAAAGAGAGGAGAAACAGGGACAGAGGAAGGAAAGAGAGGAGAAGCAGGGAUAAAAGAUGGAGGGAAAGGAGUGACAGAGGAAAAAGACGGUGAAACACAAGAGACAGAUUUAACGGAUGGACGAAGUGGAGAAACAGAGGACGUCCUCCUCGUGUUCUCGGACAGUCCACCGUGCCGUCCGGCAGGACAGCACCAAGCUGUUGCACCAGAUCCUUUGCAGCAGCCGGCGGUGGCCAUGUUGGAGGAGGGCUGGUGCCGUGAGCAAGGUGGCAGAGACGACCUGAGCGACAGUCACCUCAGCGACUGUCUCCAGGUAGAGCUGGCGAUUGUAUCCUCGGACAGUGAUGCAGGGGAAGACCAAUGGCUGGCCUCCGUACCAUGUGAUGUCACCAAGCAGGAACAAACAAAUGAAAGGAGCCAAGAUGGCAUCUGCGGUGGAGAUGGCAAGGAGGUAGAGGAGAGAGGGGAAGAUGAGGAGAUGAGAGGAGAGAGGGAGGAAGAGGAAGGGAGAGAGGAAGAGGUAGAGAUUGGCAUCGAGGAGAGGAGGGGUGAUGAUGAUGAGGAAGAAGAGCAGACAAGGCCAGGUAGUGAUAUCUUCCUGCGAUCUUCCUCUGUCAGCUCCUCAAUCAUCUCCACAGACCCUGACAGAAGAGUUCCAUCAGAUUUCUGCAUCCACCAGGAGACUCGCAGUGAGAAUGUCUCCACCGAGCACCUGGACUUCCUGUUGGCUCGCCAACAGUGGAGAAAGAUGGAAGAGGAGGUCAAAGGUCAACCCCUCCCCCAGCCAGGUCUCAGAAGUCAGGGUGGCUUCCAGGGCACCCACAGUUCGCUGUACCCUCCCACUCGCAGUCCCAGACUCAAACACAGAGAGGUCUAUCACCAGCCACCCAGGGAGCCCCCGCUGUCCUCCACUCUGUCCCCCAGUUCAGAGGACUCAGGCCUAGAUGAUACCUCAUACCGCAGCCCUCCGGAGGAACCAGAGAGUGCUGUGGAGAGAGAGAUCCGACUGACUCUGGAGAGAGAGGAGAGACACCGCAGGGAGAGAGGGAUGCUGGCCCAGGGCCUGGUUAUACCCAGACCAGCCGUUCUCCAGACAGGACGAUCUCCCCCUCGGCCUCCAGCCUGCCGCACCCCUACCCUGUCCAUCUCCCCCUCCACUUCCUCCUCUUCCUCCCUUCCUCGAUCUGUCUAUCACGAGAUGACUGCCAAUAAUGUUAUCAUCCUGGAACCUGACUCCUCACACUCUGCGUCCAGGACCCGCCUACUCUCUCCAGGUGGCCUCUGUGAUUGGCCAGGGGGCCUGGACAGUGUGCCUGCUGCAAAUGUUAUUGUUGUGGAAACCUCCAAUCUGAUCUUUCGCAGCGCCUCCGAGUUCUGCCUAAACUCUGGCCCCGUAUUAACGGAAACUCAGGAGAGCACGUUCACAUCCAAUCCGUUCUUUAAGCUGCGCUCCCUCAGCAGCCAGUCGCUGGUGGAGCAGGAGAUCCGCAUGGUGAGGCAGAGGGAGGAGGAGUGGAGGAGGCAGAGGGAAGAGGAGUGGAGGAAGAGGAGAGAGGAUGAGUGGAGGAGAGGGAGGGAGAGAGAGAGGUACGAUACAGUGCUGGUGUCGCCUGGCCUGAAUGACAACAUAAACUACAACGUGUCUGAGGUUCCAGACAGAUGUGUAUCGUCCCCCUCCUCCCCCUCCAGGACCCGUAAAAUGGAGCGAUCCAGUCUGUCUUGUGACCACAAGUUCCCCCCCGCCCUUUCUUCAUUAUCACGACGACAGAAUGCCAUGGCACAGCGAUGGGAGGCCAGCCUACUAGCUAAUCAGAAAAAGGAGUGACCAACAGCAGCACCGGACUACCAGCUGAUCAAAAUCCAAACUUCAAAUACACCUUUUGAAGUCUGAGAUGCUAUUGUCUAUAGCAAUGUUUGUUGACCAAGGGUUAGGACCCAGUUUUGGUCACAACCUUGUUUUCUAUGUGACCCCAGAUGACAAGAGAAUGGGACUCAUAUUCUUUCAUGAGCCUGGAACCCAAGAUGAGAGAGCAAAUUCAUUCAGCUUGGGUCCCUGGCUGGACAAGUAUGAGAAGUCCAGCUUUGAAAGGCAAUACUAGUCUUCUGUGUAGUGUGUGAAAUAUUGUGGCUGUACAGCCGGAAGAGCUGCCUGUCUUAUGAAAGCUCACACACUGGUUUACAUAAUUUCAUAAAAUGUAAUGACUUUUAUCAGUUUCUAAGGUGUAUUCCCUGGAGGUCUGUGGUACUUAUAAAUAAGCACAAAAUGCCAAUGAUAUAUAAUAAUUGUAAAAUGUUCAGUCUGAGAUUUUGACUCCUGUUGGCAGUAAGCAAUUUACUUACUACUGUUUUUGACUGUUAUGUGGCUUCUAUGUUAUUCCAAAUAACAGAGGGACCACAAAAACAGUGGUAUUCUACUGUAAUGUUGAAUAUUUGCAGCACUUUGUUUUAUAGAUGUUAAAUAUAUUGCAUUAUGAUACAACUUAAACUAUUUAUUGAUAUAUACUGAGAUUUAUAAUCAUGAAGUUAUGCUUAUUGUACUGCAGUGCUUUUCAAAUGUUUCUGUACAAACCCCUUUUUUUGGACUAACAGCAUAUAGCAUUUGAUUCAAGCUGCCACCAUAAUGCAGAGAUUUGGAAUGCUAGUUACAACAUACUUCAGCCAGUUGUUUGACAGCAGUUCCUUGGAACCCUAAGGUGCCAAUAUAGACUUCAGAAAAUCACUGCCCUUGUGCAAUUUUUUAACUAGCCAUUGAUGAAGAGUUGGAUGUCCCAGACCGGUGUCAGUCAUGUUGGGUCCACAGUACUGCUUUUUAUGGAUAUUUUCUGGAUAUGGUUGGCUUUGCAGUUGCAUCACAAAUCUAUGACAAGUACUAUGUUUUAUGUGGUGUGGCUGUAGUUCAGUAAUGUUCCAAGACAAAGUGUGAUAAGGAAGAUUUGUUUCCAAAUGACGCUUACUGUGACAUAGUAAACGUCCAUGUCUUUCAAUCUAAUCUCCAGUUGUGACAUGACAAGAGCCAGCUCAGUUCACCCAAAUACACUGUUCGGUAGUUAACUAGCCAGCAGGCUAAUUUAGGAAAGCAAGUAAUGUUAAUGUUAAUAUCUACUUGCCACUAGCUACAUAAGGUUUUCGAUUGUGCAAAUCAUAUGUUACCAAGAUUUGCUGACCAAAUCUUUGCUAGCUUAACAAGCUGGCAGUUAACACAAAACUGGUCAGUUGUAUUACUAAUGAAAUGAACAAACAGUUCAUGUCAAUCAUGUCCAGUAGAACCUUUUUCACAGCAGCAGCUGAUAUGAAUCGAGGUUCAAUCAAGGUUCUGUUCCAUUUAGGUCUAACAGAGCCAGGGCCCUGGUGUUGUGCAUGCUGGCUCACUGGAAUGGCUCUGUUACACCUAACUGGAACAGAACCUUCAUUAAUGUCAUCAGUGGCACAUGUUUACCCUGCUAUUUCAUUUCAAAAUGGCCACUGUGAAAAAGGUCUAUACUGUUGUGUAGACCUUCCAAUUGUAAGUUUGGAAUUCCAAACAGCUGUUUUCUGCCAUUGUUGCCAAGACCUAUUGACAUCCAAUGUGGACAUUAAAGGGUACUCAAGCUGAAAGCUCUUGAAAUGAGCUAUUCUUAAAUAAUGUGUUACCAUGAUGAUUUUAUGGAAGUCAGUGCCACAUGUUUGCUACCAGCACUUUUUUUUUUUGUUAAAUUUUAGAGUAGGAGCAGUAGUGUGACAUCCAUACUAAAAGCUCUGCUGUAGUGUCUCGCAAAAUGACAUGCACACUGCUGAAUGAAUCUAAUAUCUGACUCUAAAGUCUGGUAAAGAUUUUAUUUAUUUAUUUAUUUUUACAUAUUUAUGUCCUUUACUGAUUACUAACAAGAGAGAUUUAUGGUACUGUAUUUUUACUCAAAAUACUAUUUAUUAACAAAGCUAUGACCUAAUUAGUAAUCCUGCUUAUAUAUUCAGAGACUAGAAAAUUAUUUGUAGCAAGUGUUGUGUGGGAAUGGCCAUUUUAAAUUCAAGGUUUGCCAUGAUUUUUAGGAGAUGUUUUUUGUUUGGUUUGUCAAUUCAAAUAGCCUGGGUUUACUUUAGCUUGGUUUGCACUACAGCACUAAGAAGGGCUAGGCCUGGCUUACUUAGCUUGUUGUGGAAUGAAGGCGCAUUCAGAUCAACUCAGAAAAAAAUUUCCAAAUGCCAGGCCAAAAUAAAAUCAGCUAAGCUAACAACAACAAAAAAUGUGUCAGUAUUAUAUUUUCACCAUUAAAUCGGUUAAUUUUGACUGUGGUAUAUGCUUUUAUAUGUUUUCUCCUUUGCACUAGGAUAUAAUUUAUACUGCCAAAGUUCAAACUACCUGGUUAUUAUAUUAGGCUGCAAGCUGCUAUACAAGUCUAGGCUGUCUAUAGAUAAAUGUAGCCUGUGCUCUAUACUUUUUGACCUAAAUGCUUUGAUGCAUGAAGCCCAGAGUUGUGAGGUUUCAAGUCCAAAGCUUUGAUAUUCUGAGAUCUGUUGAAUGCACCAUAAUAUAGCUGCAAUGACAAGGGCCAGGCGGAUUCAAAGUUUGCUUCAGCAUGUCAUCUCUCUACUGUAUUACACUACUGGAAUACUAUAUGCUCAGUGUUUGCCCUACAAUUUCAUUGCAGUUGUGGUUUCCCAUCACUGUUUUGGUCUCAGCUUUAGUUUUAGUGCAGUAUAUGACAUCAUUUCAACUAUGUAACUACUUAUUAUAAAACAAAUUUUACACAGACUUUAUACUUGUUUGUGUUUUGAGAAAGAAAUGCACUUGAUCAUUAUGUUAUUUAGUUCAGUUUAGUUCAGAUUUUCUUGAACAGGUGUGUUAGUGUUCAUGCUGUGGUGGUCCACCACUUCUGAAUGAAUAUAGCGGAAACACUGGGUAACAUCACUCACUACUUGCUCAGGUGUUCUACAUGAGACAUUUAGACAGCUGAGACUCUCUGAGCUUUUCUUUAGUAGUAUCUUUAUUCUGGCUCUGUUGUUGUUUCUUUGCCUUCAGCUUCAGUUAUUUAUUAUUGCCAAAUUAAAGGUCUGGUGAUGUCAUCUUCAAUAAAGGAUGUGUCUCUUAA